AUGUCGGAGAUUCACAACGCGGCAAGGAUGCGGAACCCAUGGGCUCUUCAUUUUCAGAAACUUGGGCUUCAGCUCAAAUGCGCCCUUUGUCUGAACUUGCUGAAUAAACCCUUGCUGCUCCCAUGCAAUCACAUUUUCUGCAAGUUUUGCAUUCCAAAAUCGAGCCGAUUAGGAACAGAAUGCCCUACAUGCAAUCAUCUGUUUGCUGAUGGAGAGAUGAGAUCAGCUCCAUUCUUGGAGAAUAUCAUUACCAUUUACAAAAGCAUGGAUGCUACUUUUAACACUAUCUUCCCGCAUUUGUCUAAGGGUUCGAGAGAGUCAUUAAACCAGACCCCGGAAUCAGUUACUAUCAUUGAUGACAAAACAAGAAAGAAACUUGAUGAAAUAGAACUUCAAGGAAGUGAACUAGGCAGCAGAGAUGGGAGUUCUGGAACAUAUAGAGCCGAAAGAUUAGUUGAUGGUGAUUUUGAUACAGCUCCUGUUGGUGAAGGAUUAGCAUCUCCUUCUGAUAACAUAGCAGUUUCCAACCUUAAUGGGGAACUCCGUGAUGCACUAAACGUGGACAGAACUGCUUGCGCCUUCUGUCAUUCUUCUAAGGAGACAGAAUGGACAGGACCAGUGCUUUACUAUGUCAAGGGAAAGGAAGUAGUAGGAGAUGUCACUGCUCUUACUAAGGCCAUUCCGGUCCACAGCAAAUGUAUUGAAUGGACCCCUCGAAUUUAUUUUGUUGGGGAAAUAAUGAAGAAUUUGGAGUCUGAAGUGGCGAGAGCUUCUAAGCUCAAGUGUAGUGGAUGUGGAUUGAAGGGAGCAGGACUUGGUUGCUUUGUAAAGUCCUGCCCUAAAAGUUACCAUGUGCCUUGUGCUGUUGAAAUUCUGGAUUGCAGAUGGGAUUGCGAGGACUUUCUAAUGCUCUGUCCUACUCACAACUCUGUUAAAUUCCCAAGGGAGAAAUCUAAAUCUCGAGAGUUUGGAAGGGACGAAAAGGAUUCCUUGUCCACUAAAACAUCCUCUAACUCAUUGAAAUUUUGGGAAACGUCAACUACUGGACCAAAGCAAUGGUUUUUCUGUGGAUCUGCUUUGUCUUCAGAAGAGAGGUAUUUGCUGGUCAAGUUUGCUACCAUGUGUGGAGCAACUGUGUCCAAGUUUUGGAACCCAGAAGUUACACAUGUAAUUGCAGCCACAAAUGCAGAGGGGGCAUGCGAUAGGACUUCUAUAUUUCUCAUGGCAAUUUUGACUGGACGCUGGAUCCUUACAAUGGAUUGGAUAAAAGUCUGUAUGGAAGCAAAUCAUCCUAUGAAUGAAGAACCUUAUGAAGUUAAACUGGACAAUCAUGGUUGUCGUAAUGGCCCCAAAACUGGCAGGGUUAUGGCAUCGACUAAUGCACCAAAGCUUUUUCAUGGUUUGAAGUUCUAUUUUAGUGGGGAUUUUGUGCCAGCUUACAAGAACGAACUUAUAGAUCUAGUUACAGUUGGUGGAGGUACUGUUAUUGAUAGCAUGGAACAGAUGAUUGCAGAAAGGAACGAGACUCGAACAACUACAUGUUUUUUUGUUUAUAAUUUUGGUUCCCGAGAAGGAUGCAUAUCAGAAACAGCAAGUUCACCUUAUGUGCAAAGAUUAGCAAAAGCACAGAAUUUAACCGAAGAUUGUGUUUCUCGGGUCCUUCCACAUACAUGGAUUUUGGAAUCAAUAGCUGCAUAUAGGUUGCUACCUUCAUUUUGCUAA